UUACCCCCUUGUAAGAAAUGACUGCAUCAUUACUAUGUAUUUUAAAAGUUCUCUUUCUGAUUUCAUCAAGUCUCUUACGUGUCCGUCUUUUUUUACGUUUUCUAACAUUUACAACAAAUUUAUCCAUUUAUAUAAAAUAAAAGAUCGAAAUAAUACCACAGUAUUUUGAUAUGCUGUACGGUUAAUAUUAUUUAAAUAACCCCGCCAUUAGUUUUUGACGAAACGAAACGGAUAAAACUAUUUUAUUUUCACAAAUAUUAUUUUUAACACUGUUAAAAGUAUGAUCAAUAAUAAAAAAAUAAAUGCGAACUAUCCCGAAAGCUAAAAAAAGUAGGAAAUCAGAUACCUAUAUAUUCUUCCGUACAGAAAAUGAUUAAGAAAAAGUUAUGCAGACAUGCCAAUGUACGUUUCUCACUUUUCACAUCUUGCUAAUCUAUUCAGAAAUAAUUAAUUUAAUGUGGAUCAGUAGUAAGACUUAGUUAAACUUUUUUAUAAAUUAUAUAUUUUUGUCUGAUAAUAUUAUAUAUUUAAAUCUUUUUCUAAUAAAACUUGUGAUAUUUAUUUUUUCUGUAAAAGUGACUUAAAUAUAUUUAUUAUUAGAAAACCAAAAUAAUAUCAGUAAUAAAUUCUUUUAAUAUUCUGUAAUCAUUAAUAAUAUUGCCAUAAUAUUUCUUUGUUUGCAUUUCUGCUCGCUCUUUACAUUUUAGUAUUAACAUCUAACAGCUGUCAAUUUACGAGUGUACAUACUACUAGUAUAAAAUCAGUGCCUAUAUACUUAAUGUACUGUAUUAUAUUAAAUUUUUUAUCAUUAUUAUAUAUUGAAGAUGUUUAUAUUUAAGAAGUAGCCUGGAAUAUUUUAAGGACAUUAAGCGGCAUGUUCAGUCCGAGGACGGGCAGUCUCGGUGUGAGACGGUGAGAAGCGGCGCGGGGCCAUGGCGGAGCCCGAGCCUGCGCCCGCCGGCCUCGCCGACGCCGUGCUACUGGCGCCACUAACCGAGGAUUCUUUCCUGCACAACUUACAUGUUCGAUAUAAAAGAGAUAUCAUAUAUACGUAUGUGGGCAACGCCCUGGUGUCGGUGAACCCUUGCCGUCCACUGCCGCUGUAUUCGGCCGAGCUUGUUCGGACCUACCUGGCCCGGCCUCCCUACCUGCUACCACCACAUCUAUACGCGAUAACGGCUACGGCUUACCGCUGGGUCCGAGACAGGAACGAAAAUCAGUGCAUCGUUAUAACGGGAGAGAGCGGGUCGGGCAAGACGGAGGCGGCGCGCGUGUGUCUGCAGUGUGCCGUUGUGGCGGGCGGCGGUGGCGGGGGAGGAGCGCUGGCGGCCGCGGGGACUCUGCUCGAGGCCUUCGGGAACGCGGCCACCGCUCGCAACCACAAUGCCAGCCGCUUCGGCAAAUUGUUAGACAUAGAGUUCGACUUCAAGGGCGAGCCGGUCGGAGGACACAUAACACACUACCUUCUGGAAAAGGAGCGUGUGUGUUGCGCGGCGGAGGGCGAGCGGAACUUCCACGUCCUGUACCAGCUGCUGGCCGGCGCCGACGCUCACCUGCUCAAGCGUUUGAAGCUGCAGCGGUCGUGGGAGCAAUACCGUGUGCUGAGGGGCGGCACGUGCUGUGUCGAAGUGGGAGGAUGCGGCGCGCCGGGAGGCAGUGGCGCGGUGGCGGCGGGCUCUGCGGGCUGCGGGGUGGGGGGUGUCGGUGGCGUCGCCUGUUCCGGGGCUGGGGGAGCGGGCGCGUCCCCUCGGCGGGCCGUACUGCCGCCGCCGGGGCCGCGAACGCCUCAUGCAGACAGGGACCACUUCGCCUUCACCAAGGCGGCGAUGGGCGCUCUUGGCUUCAGCGCGGGUCAGUGCGGCGCGGUGCUGCGAGUGUUGGCCUUCCUCCUCAAGCUGGGGAACGUGCAGUUCGAGCCCCAGCACAACAUCGACGGCUCCAUCGGCACUCGCCUCCAGCACGAGUACGAACUCCGCGAGGCGUGUGCGCUGGUCGGGGUGGACGCGGACGAGUUGGAGCUGGCCCUGGGCGCCGCGCCGCCCUCGGUGCCUCGCGAUGACCCUCACGACGACGCGUGCUCGGCGGAAGAGGAGUGCGGCUCGGAAGCGGGGUCCGAAACGGAAGGCGCCGGUGCCGAGUGGGCCCGGGCGCUUCGUGACCGCCUGCUGUGCGCUCUCUACUCUCGGCUCUUCAACUGGCUCGUGAGCGCCGUCAACGAAGCGCUGAAGCCGGCGUCGGUGGGAGCGCGCCGCUCGCUGGGCAUCUUGGACGUGUACGGACUGGAGGCGCUCGCUCACAACGGACUCGAGCGCCUCCUCAUCAACUACGCCGCCGAGCGCGUGCAGGCGGCCGUGACGGCGGCUACGCUGCGCCGCGAACAGGAAGAGUACGCGCGCGAGGGACUGGCCUGGGCGCCGCUGGUGUACGCCGACCACGAGAUGUACGCGGACCUCUUGGACGCGGGUCCCGAGAGCGUGCUGGGAAUCUUGCGUGACUGCACGGCACGAGGAACCGGGGACGCCGUCUUCUUGCAGCGUUUGCAGCGACGCCGUAACCCUCGACUCGUCGUGCUGGCUCCCGAUCGUUUUCAGGUGGUUCACUUCGGUGGCGCGGUGAUGUACAGCGCGCGGGGGAUCGUGGCUAAGAAUCGCGACGCAGUUUGCCGUCGGUGUGCCGGAGCCCUGGGCGCCGCACGGGAACCUCUGUUAGCGGCGCUUUUCGCCCCCGGCGCCUCCGCAGCGCCCCCCGCCGGCACGGGUUCUCCUCGGCGACCGUGUGCGUUGUCGUGUCGUCAGCGUGCGUUGGUGGGCGCGUUGGUUCGCCGCCUCCCGGCCGCCCCGCGCCUCGUCCGUUGCCUGCGUGCCGACGCCGCGCUGCGUCCGCAUCGUUUCGACGCCGCUCUGCUGCGUCACCAGAUCCGUACUCAGGGGAUCAUGGACAUGGCGAUGUUGCGGCGCGCCGGCUGGUGCGAGUCGAUGUGCGCGCGGGCAUUGCUAGCCCGCUACGGAUUACUCCGGGGCCGCGACGCCAAGGCGUCCGGUCCGGGGGCGGGCCCGGGGUCGGCCCCCUCGUCUCCGGGCGGCGCGGUGUCGUCGGGGCGGGAGGACGCCGUGCGCGCCGCCCGCGGCUUGCUGCGCUCGCUGCCCAUACCCAGCGCGGAGUUCGCGUACGGCCGGACGAAAGUCUUCAUCCGCAGUCCGAGAACCGUGUGGGAGUUGGAGGCGCUGCGAGCGGCGCGUGUGUCGUCGCUGGUGUGCGUGGCGCAGCGCGCGUGGCGGCGUCACCGCGCGAGGACUCGUGCGCGGGCCGCAGCCAUCAUAGCGAGAGCCUGGACGCGCCACCGAACCCGAGAGAAACGUCGCGCCGUCGAGGAGCGGCGAGUGUCCGUGGCGCGAGGCGUGGAGGGCGGCGGCGGAACGGCUCGAGCCGGGCUGCUCGUGUGGCGCUGGUGGUGCUCCCAAGCGCGGCGGGCGUACCUGAGUUCUUUGUGGUCGCGGCUGCCGGCCCGCCACCGCUCGCCCGCGUGCGCCGCGUGGCCGCCGUGUCCGCAGCCCCGGCUGUUGGCGCGCGCGGACGCCCUCCUGCGCCGCCUGCACCACCGCUGGCGCUGUCACCUCUACCGCCGCGCCUUCGACCAGACGGCGAGGAACCGCAUGCGCGAGAAGGUCACCGCGAGCGUGCUGUUCAAGGAUCGCAAGCUGAACUACGCCCGCAGCGUGGCGCAUCCGUUCGUGGGUGACUACGUCCGCCUUCGCGCGUCGGCGGCAUGGCGGCGCGGGCCGGGGGCGGGUGCGGCGGACCGCUACGUGGUGUUCGCGGACGUGGUGGGCAAGGUUGCGCGCUCCAGCGGGCGUGUAUCCCGCUGCCUGGCCGUGGUGUCCACGGGCGCGCUGCUGCUGCUGGAGGCGCGCUCGUUGCGUCUCAAGCGCCGCGUGCCCGCUCACUGCGUGUACCGCCUGUCUCUGUCGCCGUUCGCGGACGAUCUCCUGGCCGUUCACGUGCGCGCGUGCGGAGGGCUGGAGAGUUCGGUCGAGGAGUUGUCUCAGUGUUCGGUGCGUGAGGCGGCGGACGCUCCCGGCUGCCUGUUCGGGGGCGAGGGCUCGUGGCGGCGGCGCGGGGACGUGCUGGUCCGCACCUGCCACGUGCUCGAGCUCGCCACCAAGCUCUUCCUCGUGGUGCAGAACGCGGUCGGCUCGCCGCCACACGUCAAUAUCGCCACAGAGUUUGAGGCCAACUUCGGCCAGCAAAUGGUGACGGUGGCUUUCCACGCCCUGAGCGGCGGAGAGUCGGGUGCGCGCGUGUUGCGCCGCGGCAGUCGUAUGGACGUGCUGCUGUAGACUCGCGGACGCGCCUUCCUCUGGUUCGGACGCGAUGUAGUAGUCUCCGCUCGUCUCUCGCCGAUGUGUUUUCGUUUCUUUUCGUGUCGUGUCGAGGGGCCGCGGCGGUGACGAGGACCUGAGGUUCCGGGACGAUAGUCAGUUCUACCGGCCGAGUCCGCGCGUCGGACCGUCUUUGUAGCGGGCACGAUGAGCUCUAUCUCUUGUCGCCACCGCCGAGGUCGCCGUCCUCGUCUUCCUUCUUCUACUUAGUCUCCUCGUCGCCUUCCCUUGCACAUUUGUAGGCGACCUCUCCAUAGAAAAGAAAUAGAUUUCGUCUUAUCGUAGAUAUCUCUAAUAAGUUCUUUUGUGUAUUCCCCGAAAAGUUAUAAAUCCUGUCCAAUGUUUCUUAUGAAAGUGAACAGACCAAAAAUGAAAUAGGUGCUAGUGUCGAGUCUUGAAGACGCGUCCGAGAAAGCUCUCGGCUCCGGAGACAUCUGGCGAGGAACGUGAGCCGCAGCCGCGACGGCCGCGGGGACUGUGGUCAUCAUGUUCCAUACAUAUCUGCAAGGUGUCGUGACGAGCCGCGCCCGGCGGGAGAGACUCAUCAGUGCCUUACGUGUUACAAAUCCACUUCCAUGUUCCUCGCUGAUGUUUGGACGGACGCGCAGACUCUUAAAAUAACUGAAUGACCGACACUUAAAAUAACUGAAUAUUUAUUAAAGAAUUAAGGCCUAAAGGAUUCGAAUAUGUACCCGGGGUCCCGCCGGGCCGCUCAGGGUACCUCGUCCCUCGGAGCUGACGGCUCCCCUCCUCCUUCCCAGCUCAGUGUCUUCGACUUUCCCGUCUAAUUUGUCCGGCGGCUUCGCCUGCGAGUUUUCAGUCCGUACUUCGUGACAACGUCGGUGCCAAAGAGAUCUGUCUUAACAAUCGCCAACUUUGCCCCCGUUCAUAGCUGCGUUAUGUUUUACAGUCCACGUGUUCGGCGAACACUCAGCGCCACCGUCUGACCGGAGACCUCUGGUCUCCAUUACUAUCGUUCGAUGCUUUCCGUUUGCUCAAAACGUUCGGACCCCGAUAGAAAAGAAUCCGUUGCGUGCUCGGAGUGAGCCCGAGCUUAUGUGUUCAUGUAGCUAGCAUUAAUUAAUACGAUGAUAACGCUCAAAGACACAAAAAUAUGCAUUUAGACCGAGUGAGGAUUGUGAAUAUGUAUCUGAUGAAGUCCGGCGCGGCGUCGUUGAGUGUGUUGUGCAAGAGAGAGAGAGAGAGAAUGAAGUAGAUAGUGCGAGACGUCACGUGCGAGCGAGACGGCGUCCCAUAUGACGUCACGCACUGACUCUGGAUCUCUGUUAAGGCGAUUUAUGUAAUAUGCAUGUUACGUUUUCAACGAUUACUUAUUAUAAAAUGUUUUAUCGUUUCUAAUAAAAAAUAUAAAGUUUUUACA